GUGGAGCUUCGGAUACAGUUGACGGUGGAGCUCUGGGUGGAUUGUGGAGCUUCGGUGGAUUGAAGUUUGACGGCGGAGCUUGAGAUAUCAGCGUAACGGAUACACUUGAAAGUGGAGUUUGAGAAAUUGACUGUUGAAUUCCCGUUUCUAUUUAUAGUGAAGGUUCGGAUCUAGAUCUAUUUGGAAUCGGAGUUGUAUGUUUUGAAUUCAUCGUGGAGUUACAAUGGAUCUUUAUAGUUAUAUAUAAUACUCGCAAUUAAACAAAUAAAAAGAAAAACUAGCAUUGUAUAUAUAGCAAAAACCCUGAUAUAACAUGCAUUUUGUGUAAGAUUUUUUUGGUAUAGGAGUACGGUAACCAAGUAAAUUGGCGGCCAUGUUGUGACGGUAGGGGAGUGCUAGUGACUCCAGAUCGAGGCUUGCUCCGCGGAUAUAGGAUCUUGUUUUCUGGUGUGUGCUAGACCUACCAUGGCCACCCCAGGAUCAAACCCCCCUCGCCUGGCUCUUCUCCUCGCCACCCUCCUGCUUCUAGUCGCCAUGGCGGAGUCGAACGGCACGGACGCACGAGAAAGCAGAAGACACAGGAACACCAAACCUAGAAAUCACAUCAAAGAACCGCAACCCACGCAGCAUUCUCAGGAUAGCCUCCCUUCCUUCACGAAAAACGCGUCAAAGUUGCCCCCGCGCGCUCAACACAAACCCUCAGGACGGAAACCUCGUAGCGAGAAGCCAAACAUUGUUUUUAUUUUAACAGACGACCAAGAUGUUUUGUUAGGAUCCCUGAAAUACAUGCCAAAAGUCCAGACCCAUCUGAUCCGGGCUGGAGUCUACUUCAACAAUUCCUUUGUCCCCACCCCCAUGUGUUGUCCCUCCAGAUCCAGCCUUCUGACCGGGAUGUACGUGCACAAUCACAACACAUACACCAACAACGACAACUGCUCAUCCCUGGAGUGGCAGAAGUUCCAUGAGCCGCAUGCGUUUCCUACCUACAUGAAUGAGACGUAUAGUACAGGUUAUUUUGGCAAGUACCUGAACGAAUACGACGGCAACCACGUCCCCCCGGGCUGGCAGAGGUGGCUGGGUCUGAUCAAGAACACACGCUACUACAACUACAGCGUCGUGGAUGAGAACCUGGUCAAGAGGCGCCACUCUGACAAUUACUACGCUGAUUAUUUUACCGAUCUUAUAGCCAACGAGAGCAGGGCUUUUCUUCAUGAAAGUAAAAAGAGAUUUCCCAGCAAGCCAGUGAUGAUGGUGCUAAGUCUGCCAGCGCCACAUGGCCCAGAGGAUGCUGCCCCACAGUACCAGCACAUGUUUAACAACAACACAGACCACAGAACACCUGCAUGGAACUACGCCCCCAACCCUGAUAAACAAUGGCUGCUGCAGAAUGUCUAUCCCAUGAUCCCGCAGUACAAAAUCUUCACAGACCUAUUACAGAGGCGCCGGCUCCAGACAUUACAGUCUGUUGAUGACCUCGUGGAAAGUAUUGUUGAAGAACUUGCCAUGCUGGAAGAACUUGACAACACCUACAUCGUGUACACAUCGGACCACGGCUACCACCUGGGUCAGUUCGGGCUAAUUAAGGGCAAGGCCAUGCCCUUUGACUUUGAUACCCGUGUACCCCUCAUCAUUAGAGGCCCUGAUAUACAUCCUGGAACUAUCAUCUCCAACAUAGUCACCAACAUCGACAUCGCCCCAACAUUGAUUGAAAUGGCUGGGGGAACAGUCCCAGAGCACAUGGACGGAGAAUCUUUCCUCAAGCUCAUCAAAACAGCCAAGGAUCAAAGCAACGUGGACAACCGUGGAUUUGUGAGCACCCAGCCACCGUGGAGGGACACUAUACUGUUUGAGAGAGGAAAACUGACAGAGAAAAUGUUGAAACAGAAGAUGAAAGAGGAGGAAAUGACGAUCCUCAACCAACAAGGCAGCUCCAAACAGAUGCACUACUACAUCUCAGCCGCGGCACGCAAACAAAAUGCUGACUGUGAGAAGAAAGAAUUCCAGCCUCCAUGUAAACCACAGCAGAAAUGGUAUUGUAUGGAGCAAGACGGCGUACUUAAAAAGUUGAAAUGCCGACACAACAAAACAAAUGACAGUUCAGCAGUUUUGAAAGACCAGCCCCAGCCAACCCAGCCUAUGACCUAUACCUGUCCGUGUCGCUCCAGGAGACACAGGAAACAGAACAGACUGGAACGUCAGCAGAAGGAGUUCAGGAAGAGACACAUCAGGGACAAGAGAAUGAACAAGCUACAGCGGUACAGAAGGAACCUGGAGACCAGCGUGGCUCUUGCGCCUUUAUUUAACGGAACAUUCCCUGGUUUUGAGGCGAUGCUAAACAGACGGUGUAGAAUUUUAUCCAAUCAGUCGGUCACGUGUGACCUUGACAUCUAUCAAAAGGCCUCAGAAUGGGAGAGCCACAAGGAGACUGUGGACACUAUGAUCAAGGAGUACAGAAAAGCUCUGGAGGACUUAAGGGAUAUUCGAAGACAUCUCAGAGAACAGAAGCCUCAGGAUGCCAUCGACCAUGAAGAGGAGGAAGACGUCAGCUUUGAUUUCAAGGAUCAUGAGUUCUGUGUGUGUGACGAGAUGGGGAACGUCAUCGAAACUCGCAGAGGGAAGAAGAUUGACAGCAACCUCACCCUACAGGAGGAAAAAAUUCUCAACCAGGAAGAACGUAAACGUCUGAGACGGAUGCGGAGGAAACGUAAACAAAGCAACUUUUGUAACAUGAAGAGCAUGAACUGCUUCACACACGACAACGAACAUUGGAAGACCCCGCCCUACUGGAACUACGGACCCUUCUGCUUUUGUGCCAACGCCAACAACAACACGUACUGGUGUCUGAGGACCAUCAACCAGACUCACGACUUCCUCUACUGUGAGUUCAUCACAUCUUUCAUGAGCUUCUAUGAUCUCAAGAAGGACCCUCAUCAGCUGAAGAAUGUGGUGACCGAACUAAAUUACGGCAUCAUCCAGCAGCUUCAUGACCAGCUCAAGAAAUUAAAACACUGCAAAACCAGUAAAGAUUGUUACAUCCGCAGUAACCAAAAAAAUCGAUUCCCCCAUGACCCAGACUGGAGUGGGCGUGAAUACCUGAAAAAUGCAGCCAAGAGUAAAGUGGUACAGCCCAUAGAGGAUGACUACUUGGAUGAUGAUUUAGAGGAGGAAUACUAUUACACAGAUAACAAUAAUGGGAGACAAGCUACUACAGUGAAACAGGAUAAUGAUUAUGAAUGAUCUCCCUUGAAUGUAUGCUUUGUAUGAGUGAUGUGAUUGAAGGUUUGUCUGUUCGAAAUGUGAUAAAUUACCCCUGCCAAAAUGUCCUGACCCAAGAAUUAGUCUUGUGUCUUUGAGCAGAGUAAGUCUAUUGUACAGGUGAGCCCAUGAAAAGAAUGAAGAUUGUUGUUAUUUUUAAUUUAUUGUGAAUGAAACUUGGUGUAUUGUAUAAAAUGUAUUCAACAAUAAUGUUAAUAGUUCAAUUUUUGUUCCUAUGCUGACUUUAACUUGAUAGGUUGCUCUUUUGAAUUUAAUUUUUACCCUCCACAUUAAGCUACCUGUAAGAAAACAGAAAAAAAGUGAAACAUCAUAAAAUUAAUAUGAAUUUUAUAAUUACUUUAAUUAAUUUUUUAAAACAAAUUACAUUAAAAAUUACUGUUUUAACA